AUGAAAGCAUUGAUACUUGUUGGUGGAUUUGGUACUCGUUUGAGACCACUCACAUUGUCUGUUCCAAAGCCAAUCGUCGAGUUUGCAAACAAGGCAAUGAUCCUACACCAGAUCGAAGCACUAUGCAAGAUUGGCGUCAAUGAAGUUGUCCUAGCAGUCAACUACAGACCUCAACUAAUGUCUGCAUAUCUUGAGCCUUAUGCACAAAAGCUUGGUAUCAAGAUAUCAUACUCACAUGAGACUACACCGUUGGGAACUGCUGGACCUUUGGCAUUGGCCCGUGAGUUACUUAAUGAUGGUCAACCAUUCUUUGUGUUGAAUAGUGAUAUAAUAUGUGACUUCCCAUUCGCUGACUUGUUGGCUUAUCACAAGGCACAUGGUAAGGAGGGAACUAUCAUGGUGACCAAAGUGGAGGAGCCCUCCAAAUAUGGAGUGGUCGUGUACAAAGAGGAAGAUGGAAGCAUUCAACGCUUCGUCGAGAAGCCACAACAAUACGUUGGUAACAAGAUCAAUGCUGGUAUAUACAUAUUCAACUCAUCAAUCCUUGAUAGAAUCCAACCCAAACCUACAUCGAUUGAGAAGGAGAUAUUCCCAAAGAUGGCAGAGGAUGGACAAUUGUACUGCAUGCCAUUGGAGGGCUUCUGGAUGGACGUGGGUCAACCAAAGGACUUCUUGCUUGGUAUGGGAUUGUAUUUGAACUCACUCAAACAAAAGACACCAGAGGUGUUGUCAUCAGGCCAGGGCAUCAUCAGUCCAGUGUUGAUCGAUCCAACGGCAACCAUUAAGCCCGGUUGUCUAAUUGGACCAAAUGUUACUAUUGGACCACAUUGCACUGUAGAGGAGGGUGCACGACUUAUCAACACUACCGUGCUGGCUGGUGCAACUAUUGGCAAGAACAGUUGGGUCAAGUCAUCGAUCAUUGGAUGGGAGUCGACCAUUGGCAGCUGGGUACGAAUGGAGAAUAACUCUGUACUUGGCAAGGAUGUACACAUUGCCGACGAACUCUAUGUCAAUGGUGGCAAGAUACUUCCGCACAAGUCAAUCACAUCAUCCAUCGAGACACCAGAGAUUGUCAUGUAG